AUGAAGCUGACUAAUAUUGUCAUUAGGGAGAUCUUACUGUUCCUUGAGUUCCAAGAGUUGGCAGAUAACAGGCUUGAACUUGUCAGCAAGAUUUUUUAUCAUAAUAUUAUGGAAGACAAUGAGUUGCUCAGGAGAAUGAUCAACAACUACCUAGAUAUGAUUAAAGAUUACCAAAAAGAGCAAGAGUACCAAGACUCAAUAUUAGAAACCAGAAAGUUUAAAGAGCAGGAAAACAGCAAAGAAGAAAUUAAAGAGCCUGAGAGAAAAUACAUAAAAGUUUAUGAUGAUAUUCACUCAAAUCCCAUUAAGCUGUUGAAGAGCUUAUUUAACCACAGCAACAAGUUGAUGCUUAUGUGUGAAAGAACCACUGGCGGUUACCAGAGAGGACAUGAAAGCAUAUAUUGUCUGUUUCAAGGCAGAGAAGGCUUUUACAAUUCUUGAGAGUCUAAUUAUUUUCCGAAUGGCUUAAUGUGAAUCACUGCCAUACCUUAUUCAGAAGAUCCAAAUAAAGUAUCUUGUAAAGAUGCCAAAAUAAAAGAAGCUCAAAAUCUUUCUAAACUUUAUCAAGACUUAACACUUGGAGAGCUUGAUUCUAAAACUAAAAACUUGAGAUAUAGCUGAAGCAGAUAUCAUAUUCCCUCAGAUGAAUCUUCAUCAAAUAUUGAUGAUGAAAAUGAAGUAAAAGAAUCUUUUUAUCAUAAACUAUAUCUGAAAGCAAAGGAUUACAACCUUAAGAAAUCAUACAGAAUUCUUGAGGAUCAUAGUUAUCGAAAUCUCGAGUAUAUUGCCCAUGAUAAAGGCUUUGCCGAUUCAUCUGAUAGAUUCUAUUCUCAGGAAUAUAACAAGAUAAUCGAGUUCGACACUAUCAUUCAAAGAGAGAUUGCAAGAGAGAAGCUUUUUAUGCUGACAGAGGUUGAGAUUCACCCUGCUAACUACUGAACAUGCCCAGCAAAAGCCAUUGCUAUUUUCGUCCACGAUUACCCAAUUAUCCCUGAAGAUCAUCCUCUAACAACCAUUGUUAAAGGGCUAUAUGACUCUUUGGAUUGGAACAGAAAAGAACCAACUUCUUAUAAAAAUUUAAGAUUUAGAUGGGGAUUCAGGAAUGAUUCAGACGAAGAAAGCAAAGAUAGCAUAAACAAUGAAGUUCAAGAUGAUCUGAGAGAGAAGAGAGCAAAAGCUGCUGAAGAAAUAACAGCUAUCUACAAAGAUGCUGCAAACCUUGGAAUUAUCCCUCAAGUUUCAAGAUCUGAUGAAAAUGUUUUAGAAUUCUCACAAAAAUUUUAUUCUAAAAGAUUUAACAGCCACUCAAAAGAGGAAGUUAAAUCUGAUAUGAAUACAACAAUCUCCAAGCUUCCUAAACCAUCAGAGUACCUUCCAAUUAUGGAAUCGUUAGAUAUGGCUCAGAUUAUCGAAGAUUCUAGCUAUAGGCUAGUUUGUAUUGCCUACGAUAUGGAUGGUGGCUCAAAGACAUACUCUAUCAAAUUACCCCCGAACACAAAUGGAAGAUACAUCACCAUCUUGGGCCUCGACACGCAUCAAAAAGGCAGAGACAACAAUUAUGAUGUUGGUAGACUCAUCUUCAGCGGCUAUUCCAUCCCAAGCUGUCUCAAAUUAUCUAAAUAAUACAUGAGUUUGUUCAGUGACCUAAAAAUCUUUGUCAAUCUA